AUGGAGGAGGACAUCCUCCUCCUUCGCAUCAUCGUCAGUUCUAAACGUUGGCACAUCUUCCAGGAUGCGGACUACUACAUCUACCAGGCUACCGACGAGGCCGCGGGCGGGGGGCCAUCACUCAAGCGGCUCCCGCGGCUGCAGAAGUUCCGUAGCCCCUAUGAGUUUGAUUCAGAUCAAGUUGGCAUUCUGCGCUGCGGCGCCCGCCACCAACGGCGCUACAACGCCCUGUGCCCCCACAGCGACACCGCAGGUGAUUUCUAUAUUGUCGCCGCACUCUGUAGGGCGCCCAAUUCCGUGGUCGCUGGAGAGUUUGUCAUUUGUCUAUACAACUCCAAUUCUCCAACCAUCUGGAUUACCCACAAAAUCUCAGUGGACGAAAACCAACAUCGACUCCAAUAUGGCUGCCACUUCGAGCAUUACAACAGCAAGGUCAUCUCAAUAGGAGGAGAUUCUGGCACCAUGGGCUUCGUUGACCUCUGGCGGGGGGUCAGUAUAUCAGGGAUGGUUGGAUGUCCAGGAUAUGGACAAGGCCGGUGGAUGCUGAUUGUGCUGAGGACUGUUGGAAACCGGGCUGGGAAGAGCAUGGAUGGCAAGGCUUGGGUGAUUGCUGUUGACAUGAAGAACAACACAUUACAAGGAGUGGAUGAGUUUGUUGCGGAAAGGACUAUCGGCGUGGAUUUUGGCUAUAUGCACAGUAGGAUAUCCAAAUAUCUGACAGCAACCCCAGGUAAUCAUGUUCGAGCAAUGCAACCCUCAUCCCAUGGUUACUUCUACAAAUCUUUUGGUUCUGUUAUUGCAUUGUCCCAGUAUAAUCGCAAAUCGCCUGCUAAACUAGUUUGGUCCAUAUACUCGCUGAUGAGUGGGUGA